UACCGAAACCCUAACCACUCUUCUUCAAGAGAUCAACAAGCCAGCAGCUCCGCAGCCAAAAACCACAAUCAUUCGUCAUGGGCAAGGUUCAUGGAUCUCUAGCUCGUGCCGGUAAGGUGAGAGGCCAAACUCCCAAGGUGGCAAAACAAGACAAGAAGAAGAAGCCCCGUGGCCGUGCUUACAAGAGGAUGCAAUACAACCGCCGCUUCGUUACAGCAGUGGUUGGAUUUGGCAAAAAGAGAGGACCUAACUCGUCUGAGAAGUAAG